AGCAGCUGUCCGCUGGUAUUUGAGACCCACAUCGUCACAGUGGGGACGCAGGGGUUCAGACGAGUCCGGCCCGCCGCCUGCAGAACGCUCCGGGACACUUCGCUCGUCGCGUCUCACAACAGCUCCAACACACCCACCUCAUCCCGGACCCCUUUAGCAGUGCACCUGCGGCCCCUUCGUCAUGGCGGACCAGUACCAGUUCAACAGCAAUGAGGAGAAGAUGGUGAAGGACCACCUGGACAGAAACACCAAGGAGAUCGACCUGAUCAACAGAGACCCCAAGCAGAUCAACGAAGAUGUUGUCAAGGUGGAGUUUGAAGACGUGAUCGCCGAGCCCGACGGCACGCACAGUCUGGACGGCGUGUGGAAGCUCAGCUACACCACCUUCACCGUAUCCAAGUACUGGUGCUACCGCAUCCUGUCAGCCAUCUUUGGCAUUCCCGUGGCCCUGCUGUGGGGCUUCCUGUUCGCCUGCAUCUCCUUCUGCCACAUCUGGACCGUCAUGCCCUGCAUCAAGAGCUGCCUGAUCGAGUCGCAAUGCAUCAGCCGCAUCUACUCCCUUUGCAUCCAGACCUUCUGCGACCCCUUCUUCGAAGCGCUGGGCAAGAUCUUCAGCAGCGUGCGCGUCGCUUUACGCAAAGAAGUCUAAAGAACGAAGCUCACAAACACACACACACACACACACACACACACACACACACACACACACACACACACACACACACACACACACACACACACACACACACACACACACACACACACACACACACACACACACACACACACACACACACACACACACACACACACCAAGAAAACUCACACCCCCUGCGAUAAGUGUGGAUGAAAUGUCUGUUUGUUGGUUCUCUCUCUCUCUCUCUCUCUCUCUCUCUCUCUCUCUCUCUCGCCCCUACCAAUAGUACUGCCCCCCCCCCAUCCUGACGUCCAGACAGGUCCCGUGAGUCCUCGGAGGACCAGGGCAGCUGCAGCCUGCAGUAUGCCCCUCUACAGAGCUCUCCCCCGCUGCCACAUGGUGACAGGGGCAGGUUGCGAGAUGCCUCCUGGACUCACCGCCUAGGAAUCCCACUAGGCUGUAAUGUUGGCCCGCUCCCUCUCUAAGAUCAAGGACUGCUCAACACUGCUGCAUCCAUGGAACAAUAUGUGUAGCAGGCUAAUAAGCAAUUUGUUAAGCUCAUUCUUUUGUAAAUGUUUGCUGACAGUGUAUAUUUCUGAUGGAUUCUGAUCUAGUUUUACAUUUUGGUGUCAUCUCAUCCGUCAUCGUUAGGCGCUUUAGCAUUAUCGGAAAUCUUUUACACGACAAGAAGUUAUGAAAUGUUUUGAUUAAACGUUCUGAAAGCUUGCGAUGCUUUGAAUUUGA